AUGGAUGAUUCGCUCACGGAAGGAGGUGCUUGCGAUAUAUUUUUACUUGACUUCAUCGAUGAAUGUCAAUCGGUAAUUGCGGAGACAUUAAGACUCUCUGACUUUUUACCACAUGAUCUACUGGAACCAGGAAAAUCGAAAUUCAAGCCUAUUCUGCUUGAUUUCAUGUACUUCUCUCGAAUAGAAUAUUACGAGAAAGAAUUAACCAAACAUGAGGCAUUACAAACUGAAUUUUACACAAAACACUCCGAUGUCCUUUCUCGGUUUGAAAUGCUUUUCCAAGCUGUAGGAAACUUGCUAUCAGGAUUCAUAGAAUAUUCUAAGCAAGUGAUAUCAGAACAUCAAAAAACAUCAUUAGAUUUCACAAGAGAAUUGGAAGUUGAAGCAUUGGCUAAGGUGGGAAUGCUUGUGUACUAUUUCAAUCGUUUAUUAGAUGGAUCCACGAGAGAAAGACUAUAUGUGGCCAUUUAUAGAAAUAGUGAUGAGAGAAGAAACAUUGACUUCAUCGUUGAUUUUCUCCGCCAAGAAAUUAGUGCUUUUGAGAAUUUGGUUCUGGGGGAGUACAUGUACAAUCGAGUUCGAAUCGACCCCACGUUUGUGAAUAACUGCUUGUACUUUUUCGAAGCUGUUGUCCGACGAAAAAAAGAAAACGAUUUAAAACGUUUGCGGAACAUUCUUCAACCUAGUCUCUUCUGUUGUCUACUUUUCUCGCACAAACUUCGCUAUAAUGAUCAUGCCCGUAUGAAAUUCUAUGUUGAAAAUUAUUUCAAAGAAAAUUGGGUUUUUCCAUUAGGAGUGGGCAUCAAUGUCUCCAUCGGAGAGGAAUGGUUUGAUUGUACUGCCGCAAGUAAUGCACUUUACCGACAUUUCACAAAUGAGAAGAUAAAGGAGCUUUGCAAAGAACAUUUCGCUGUUAUAAGUGAUCUCUCUGUUUUCACGAAAGAUAUAAAGCCGGAGAAGUUCGAAGCAUACAUAGAAUGUAUUCAAAGAUAUAACAUAUCAUAUCAGUGGAUGGUUUUGCAUUCAGAUAAGUCUAUUGAGAGAUUAGGACGAGAUUAUACAGAACAAAUUUCAAUGGCGACUAAAUUUCAAGAGAAGGCUUUGGAUGUUGUUCUAAGAUUAGCUUGUUUCGAAACAGAAGUAGGGAAGAUUUAUUCACAAUACAUUCGUCAGAAACAACAAAACUUAGGAACUAUACGUGAAGAGCUGUGCCGGAUUAUCAAUGAAAUUGCGGAGCUCUUCAACUCUGGAAUUCAAGUAAUCAAAGUAGAAAAGCGAGAGAAGUUACAUCAUUGGCUACUGCUUAUCAAAGAUACUCUAAGCAAUUUGAAUUUGGACGAUUCUGAAAACAGUCUCCUAGUUCAACAAAUAAGACGGCGUUUCAUACAAGUCGGAGAAAUGCUGGAUUUGGGGGAGAACCUUGCGAUGGCUCAUUUUAUUGAAAAAGUUAAAAAGAAUUUGGAAGCUUUAUCGGUUGGGUUAGCGACGACAGAAGACGGAGAAAAGCGUUUGUCAAAAGCGGCUGAUGCUCCUUACAUAUGGUCUCUCAUAGACAAAUGGUUGAGUAAAAUCCAAGAUAAGAUACUGAAAUCAACUCGAUCUGAAUUGGUUCAAGUUUUAUUCCUGAAACUGGCUUUAUCUAUAGAUAGUGUCACAAAAACACUUCAUGGUGAAUACCGAAAAGAUUUGAUUGGAAGAGCAUACUCGUGCUAUUUGGAAAGAAGACUGAGAAACGUUCUGCAAUCUAUUCCUCAUCAUCUGUUUGAAGUUCUGCAUGAGAACGUUGUUCCGCAUGUUCAACAAGAAUGGGCUCCAUCAAUAGAAAAAGAAACAGUUCGAGAUUUGGCGGAUUUCAAUGAGAACUUCUCGUUAUCUGAAGUAACUUAUAACAUAUCUAAUAUGAGCAUAGGAAUCUCAAAGCUAUCAAUAAGGAAGCUUGGGAAAAUUGAUAUAAACCCUAAGGAACUUCUCGAAGAAGGUAUACGCAGAGAACUUAGAGUUGAAAUACCUAAACUGGUUCUGGUCAGUGAGAAAGAGCAGAAAGACAAGAACUCGAACUUGGAAAUUAUCGUUUCGAACUUGACAGCUACUAUAAGAAAUUUCAAACGAGCUUUCAUUUACAUGUGCGAUCAUGUUGGCAUGAAUGGGUAUGAGUUGUGGCGUGAAGAGCUUGCCUCAUUCAUGGAGUCUUUUGAUUUGGCAUCAACAACACCAACUCAAAAAAAAGGUCCAAUAUCGGCAUUCACUUUGAUAUACAACCAUUUGAUGAAGAGUUCGGAUCCUGGGCAAACUGUAUACUCUGAAAACGAUAUGGUUUGGAGAGAUCGAAAAGGCGUUGAUUGUUUAUCGGUUAAGUAUACGAACAUGAUUGAAGAUUGGAUUCCAAUACAUGCAACCCAACUCUUCGUUCAGCGAAUGAGUAAGGAAUCCGAGGAUUUGUUGAGCUGUUUUGCGAAGAAAGCAAGGCUGAUCGCAUCAACCGUCGGCGGGUUCCAACCCCAUACUCCAAUCAUCGAAUCGAAGAAUUUCGAGAAUAUUGUUAAGCUUUUGGUAUCAGAAAGUAGCUUAGUUCAUGAAAUUUCGAAGAUUGGACAGUUCACACUUCUGCAAUCGAUCCUUCUUCAGUCGAAAAAAGAGCACGGGAGACUUCGUGCCACUCAGUUAUUUAGAGCUUUGGAAGCUUCAAAUCGUCAUUUAUUGGCAAAUGUCUCUGACUUACCAGCGGAAGUGAAGAAUGUGUCUUCAUUAUCGAAAGUGAUAGGCAUGACUUGUCCGAAGUUGUUGCUGUACGCUUCGCCCUCAUUCCCUCCACGUAUGGGUAUAUUCAUAUUAAGUAUACUACUCGCUCACAGCAACCGUAUUAACAAUGGAAGGAAGGAUUCGUUGUGUGAAGCUUCUUUCUCAAUGGGCUGUUAUGUUAUAUUACAUCACACAGACGAGAUUGACACUUUUAAUAAUACCGCAUCAGAUUUGGCUACUUACAUGACGACGAGUAAAAGGAUUCCAUUCAAAUUAAACAUUACCAAAGAAAAGUUGGAAAGUUUUAUCAGUUAUAUUUAUUUAUCAUCUCAAAAUUGA